AUGGAAGAAGGCCAAGGCGGCCUGCCACCGCCGGCGACCCUCGAACCGAUAUCGCGACCGAGCUCGACCUCGACCACGGCCUCUCACUCCCAUCAACAGCUCCCGGGCAUCUCGUCGAUUGCGGCUGCGGCAGCUGCUGCCGCCGCUGCAACUUCGACGUCGAGCCCACCACAGAUGAGAGCAAUGACAAGUACGCCGUCCACGAUGUACUCGACGCCCGCAACAGCGCCGGCUGCGACGAGCGCCGGCCCAGGUGGGAAUCUCUAA